AUGCAGAAGGCAUUAGUAAGCAUCCAGCACAUCGUCAGGCCAGACACGCAAGUUGUCGACGAAGAGGCUUUGCCGUACAAGGCACUCCAUGCGUUACAAUACAAAAGCAUGCUUCGCCUGCGCGUGGAGGGCGAGGCCCUCCACCCGCUGUGGAAUACAGUGAAAAAUGCUGCAAAACGGAGUAAUUUGCAGUCAGCCAUCUUACUUGGAAGCCUGAUGGCAAACUGCGCGCAUGGUCCCUACUUGAGCGGGGGCAACCAACUGAGCAAGCAGCGUGCGGCGCAACAACUUGCAGAGCAGCUCACGACAGCAGAGUUCAAUGCCCUUCGUGAAGACAUGAUGAUGGAUAGGGCAGGCGAAUCAGAGGAGUACGCAGGUGCCAUCCCAGAUUGCCCUGCAGAUAUCCCAAACCUCAAGAGCGUGGAGCACUUGGGCGUUUUUGUCUCUCAUGCUGACAUCUUGCUUCACGACUUGCGCCAGGGCCCACAGGCUAAGAAGUUGCGCAGUUCAGACCCAGCACCUUCAACCACGACCCCGGAAAGUGAUGGGGCAGCCAUGUCCGUUGAUGAGAAGAAGGGUGUAGCACACACCGAGGACAUGGCCAAGUACAAGACAUGGUUUGGGAGCCUGAUUGCGAUGUACCAGGUGGCUUUGGACUGGUCCUUGAACUCCCUCCUGCUGAAGAAAGUUCUUGACGAUGAUCUGUUGGACGAUUCUGACGAGGAAAUGGCGGACGCUGAAGCCGUGAAUCAGGCGCUGACAUUCCAAGAAUCUCAAAAAAUCAGCGUUCGUUUCAUGGUGCAUACGAAGUGUGAAAGUGUGGCUGAGCGCUUCACAGAGGGCGAUGUUGUGUUUGUCAAUUACGGUGAGGUUCCUCCUUGUGUUCAUGUUCGUUUGGUUGGGGCCCACAUUCACAACGACCUGUAUGUCAUCAUAACUCCAGAUCAUGAUGUGUAUGAAGAAAGGCUAUCAGACUUGAACCCGGACUUCACUGCCUACCACUAUGGGGGUCCAGGUCUGGGCGCGGCUGUUCCGGCGGGCAUCGACCCGAGGCAUGUCUACAGCUUCGGCGCGCUCACCGCUCAUGCAUCAGGCCCUGCGGCACCUCCUGUCGAUCCGAGAGUGUGGGUGGCUAUGGAAUCAAGGGGUGGCACUCGAUCUGGUGCCAUUGUGGUCCAGGCCGGUCAGGCGCUCCCCGCGGGAGCGGUUCAACUGGGGGACCGGGCCAUUGUCGACGUGGGCAACGGACAGCACCUCUGCCUGAAGCAGAUUGACGCGAACCUGGUGGGCAGCAUGGAGGCCGAGGACUUGCAUGUGUUGCCCCUCAGGUUUGAUCCCCAGGGUCAGCGAAGGGCCGAGUUUGCGGACAUGGUUGCCCUCAUGAAGCAGGUAGACAUGCCAGGUGGAAAGCUCCAGCUGGACGGUCCGCCGUCAGGGUUGGAAGUCAUGAAGUCCAUGGUUAUGCGAGGCCUCACCCCGGUCACGGACCACGAACACUGGGUCAGGACACAUGAAUUGGCAAAGGGGGACAGAAGUGUAUACGAGAUGGAAGUUAUCACUCGUGUUUUGGAGGCACUUUCCACUGUAGAUCAACUCAACCUCCCCAACCUCAAAGGCGCGGAACUUUUGAUCAGGCGAUGGCAGCUCAUUCGUGAAGCGCACCGGAUCUCACCGACAUCUCCCGACUACUCCGCGGCCGACGUGUUCAUGGGAUGGGCGUAUCGGCGUGGCGAUGGGGUGGAUCCGGGCCUGGCACGCUACGUGGCUGGAGAGCUUCGCGACCAGGCCUCUAUCGCAAAGGAGGCCCGGAAGGCCAAAGAGGAGAUGGAGCAGCGGAAGCGAACGGGCCGGCGUGAGCAAAACAUGGCAAAGACCAAUGAGGUGAUCAAUGCGGUCAACUCCAUGGCCGGGUUCAAGACCCCAGACGAUGGGCCGCCUUCUCAGAACCAAGCUGCCGCUCAAUCCAUUUUGUUGCGGCAGAUCAUUGACCUGCCUAGAUCGGAAGAUCAAGUGUUUCAGUGUGAGGCCAUCCGUGAGCUUCUGCUUGAGUGUCCGUCAAGCCCUUAUGUUUCAGGGGGAGAUGGGACAGGAGGUGUAAAAGCAUACCAGAGAGACCUUGUAUCGUUGCCUGAGUGUGGUGCCCAUCCUUUGGACGCCACUGAGCUCAUUGACGAGAAAGGGCGAGAAGUACUAGAGAGGUUUGAGAGCACCAUGUUUGUAGAGCGAGAGGCCAACAACAACAUCCAAAGGAUCCAACCCUACAUGGAUGAAACCCUUCGCUCCUCCGCUCAGGCUUACAACCAGUUCAUUGUGGACAUCUUCGAGAGGGGCAUGAUCAAUUUCUCCCGGACCGCUGUCAGUGUGAUCACUCCUUUCUUUGUAAGUAAGAAGAAUGGUAGAUUGCGCUUAGUGUUGGACUGCCGUGCUAGCAACCAGCUGUUUGCCGCUCCCCCUGACAUCGCCUUAGCGGCCGGCUACACCUUUGCUCAAUUGGAGGUUCCCCAGGGUGAGGUCCUUUAUACGGCCCAGAGUGACGUGAAAGAUUAUUUCUACAGUAUCGGUCUACCUCCAGGACUUCGUCCGUACUUUGCGCUUCCGGCGGUGCAGGCGAUUGACCUGGCAGGCCAGAUACCGAUCCUUGAGGGCAUCCAGGGUAGCAUAUAUCCAUGCAUGUGUGUUGUGCCCAUGGGGUGGAGUUGGUCCAUGUGGGUGGCACAGCGCAUUCAUCAGUACCAAGCUUCUGUUGCACUUCAGUGUGGACCGGAACAGGUGCUGGUGGAUGGACGCCCCCCACCGGACUUGUCGCGAGGCGAGCCCGUCUUGAUACCGUAUGCGGACAACAUGAACGUUUGUGGUAUUGACUCUGCUAGGGUACAACAUGCUAAGGAUUGUGUUGCCGAACGACUCAGGGAAGUUGGUUUCAGGGUUCACGAGGAGGUUCAAGCGACUACCCGCGCCCAGGCACUUGGCUUCAUCAUUGACGGUGAGAGGGGCCAGGUGCAGCCCGUUCCGGCUCGGCGGGACAAGGUCCGCUUAGCUUUGCUCUGGUUAGCUGGGACUGCCCAUUACAAAGCCCCAUACAGAUUGUGGCGCUCAGCGGCUGAUGAGUGCAAGAAUGCAGCUGCCCUCCUGCUAGUUUGUCAUUGUGAUCUCAGAUUGGAGUGGUGUCCUAACAUAACUGUCAGUGACGCAUCACUUUCGGGCACGGCUGUCUCGUCAUUGGAUUGCUCAGCUGAUAUGGUUAGGAAGAUUGGCAAGUGCCGAGAGAUGUGGCGAUUCAAGUCAAAAGAUCCUCUCAAUCGUGCUCGUGAUAUGGCCAUGUCGCUUGAUCCGUUCACUGACAUGAGCACGGUGCGUGACAUGACUGGGGAGGAGCUGGAUCCUUUCCAAUUGAACCUUUUGUUUGAACAUGUGCCUGCGGAGGUUGCUUGCAGCCCAGAGUGGAGACACCAGUUCGCAUGCCGCAUGCACAUGAAGGAGCACAUCACUGUACUAGAGGGACGUGGUUCCAUCCAAGCUAUCAGACACAAGCUACGUAGCAGGGCCAACUUCAAGAUGAAGCAUUUGCAUUUGGGGGACAAUUUGGGCAUGGUUCUGGCUUUCGAUAGGGGUCGUGCCAAAGCAGUUCCUCUCCUCAUGUGCUGCCGGCGUGCUGCUGCGUUCUGCGUUGCAACGUGUAGUGUUUUCACUCACCGCUGGGUUCCAUCAGAGUUCAACGCAGCGGAUGCCGGGUCGAGGCAGUGGGAAACGGCAUCCCCAAGGGAAGCCGGCAAAGCCACGGGCAAAAAGAUCCGGGAUGCCAUCAUGUACCCGGGCACAGCCAAUGAAAGCAUCCAAGAAACGAUCAACGAGAGGAUCAAAGGGACUCCCACCAAGCGCGCAGUGCGUGUGGCCCUCCAAGCCAACAGCGAGGCAGUCAGGGCAAACAAGCGUCAGAAGGUGGCGCCAAAUGCUGUUCCCCGAGCUCGGCAUCCAAAUCAAACGCUUCUGGAGAGGGCGGCGGUUGCUCCAAGGACCAGCGAGGAAUAUCGCCACAAAUUGGACCUUUUCAAGGCCUUCUGCGUUGCCCAGAAGUUGCCGCAGCGAAAGGCAGCCGACGUGGACUGGGCCUUGCUGCUCUUUGUAAACCAAGCUUUCCUGGAGGGCUGGGACGUCAGCGAAGGAGUGAAGACUGUAGCCGCAGUUACCGACUACAGGCCAGAACUUUGUGCACGGCACGCUCUCCCGCGAACUCGCAGAGCCAUGCAGGGAUGGCGCAACCUGGAUCCAGGAGUCACCAGACCGCCCCUAGCGUGGCCCCUGAUAGCACUGAUUGCGCUCCAGAUGGCCGAAAAUGGGAGGGUCUUCGAGUGCUUGGCUGUCCUGCUGAUGUUUGUGGCAUACCUCCGUCCCGGAGAAAUUUUCGGUCUAAGGCGGAGGGACCUCGUGAAGAGCGUCCUAUUGGGCCCAACGUGGGCCAUCAACUUGCACCCCUCCGAGGACAUGCAAACCUCAAAGACGGAUGUCAACAACGAGUCCAUCAUGCUAGACAGCAAGGAAGUUCUUUGGCUGGGUCCGGCUCUGGAGUGUGCAGGAACAGUGCUCAAUGGUCCUCUUCUACCCACCAGCUACUCGGACGCACUCCGGGGCAACAUGGGACAGGUUUCGCAACUACCGUUCCAUCCUCGAUGUGAAGCUGAGAGGCAGGUGGGCGUCGGACUCAAGCCUUCGCAGAUACGAACAGCAUGCCUUGGUUGCCCAACAGUUCGAGAAGCUCAAUGGGACAAUCAAAACGAAAGCAAGGGCUGCGCCCGAGUUGCUCAAACGCAUGGUCCUCGGACGUUGUGGCCUAAAAGAACACGGGUGAAGCCUUUCCUGGAGCUCUUUGCCGGUUGCGGGAACCUUUCCAAGGCAGGUGUUCUGUGCGGGGUACCAGCAGAACUGUGGGACAUUGAGUUCGGAGCAGAGUGUGACCUCCUUAAGCCAGACACUGUCUCGCGGCUCUGCCAGCGUAUCAUCAAUCAUGAGUUCGGCGCAGUCCAUCUGGGACUGCCCUGCAUCACGUGGAGCCGGGCACGCCGUGAUGAUGGUCGAGGCCCGGGACCCCUUCGUGAUGAUGACCAGUAUUUGUAUGGACUGCCGGGGCUGCCUGACGUUGACAGCCGCAAAGUGCGUGAAGGCAACCGCUUGCUGGAAGUCGCCAUACAAAUCCUGGAAGCAUGCAACCGUGCCAACGUACCAUGGUCACUUGAGAACCCGCAGUCGAGCCGGUUGUGGCUAACUCAAGAACUGCGUCGCCUGUUAAAAACUGGUGCCCGCAUGGUACAUUGCUCCUUUUGCAUGUAUGGCACGCCCUGGCGAAAGGCAACGACCUUCAUGGUGCGACAGUUUGAUCAGCUCCAGCUCCUCCAAUGCGGCGGCCCCUUUCACAAAUGUGAUCGGCUGGGAGGCCCACACAUUCCUCUCGCUGGCAAAGACCGUGACGGCCGCUGGAAGACACGAAUUGCGCAGCCCUACCCAGAGGCCUUGUGUAUGCACUACAUGCAGGGCUUGCUCCGCCAGUUGCAGUAG